GCAUUUAGUAAUUAAUAUUUGGAUGAGAUGAGUUGAAAAUGAAUGGAGAAAAAAAGACGAAGCGGUGAAGAAGCUGAGCGAAUUGCAAUAUGAAAUUGAAAGCGGUUCCAUGGUGGCAUAAUUGGUUAGUGGUAAAAGCAGGAUCAAGUCACAGCAGCCUCAUGGUACGCAAGAAGCAGACUCAGGAUUCUGAAUCCACUCCUCCAAGAAUCACAUCCAACGUCAAACAAAACCUCCGCUUCCUAAAGCUAUGGAAGAGCUUCCAGAAUAGAAAUUCUAGCACUCCUAGGCCUUCUACCAGUUACCGCAAGAAGAAGGUCGAGAAGGAAGAUGAUGUUGUUGACACAGACCUCUAUCGUGAUCCCACCACCUCCCUCUACUACACAAACCAGCAGGGUAUAUUAGACAAUGCCGUCCCUGUACUUCUUGUGGAUGGCUAUAAUGUGUGUGGCUAUUGGAUGAAGCUCAAGAAACAUUUCGUCAAAGGAAGACUUGAUAUUGCUCGCCAAAAGCUGAUUGAUGAGCUUCUAACCUUUAGCAUGCUUAGAGAGGUCAAAAUCGUUGUUGUCUUUGAUGCAAUGAUGUCUGGACUCCCCACUCACAAGGAAGAUUUCGCUGGUCUUGAUAUCAUUUUCUCAGGUGAAACAUGUGCUGACACAUGGAUUGAAAAAGAGGUUGCAGCUUUAAAGGAGGAUGGUUGCCCCAAAGUCUGGGUAGUCACUUCUGAUCACUGCCAUCAGCAAGCAGCACAUGGAGCUGGAGCCUUUAUUUGGAGUUGCAAGGCAUUGGUUACUGAGAUCAAGGCAUCACAAAAGGAGGUUGAAAGGAUGCUUCAAGAGCAAAGAUCCACUUCUUUUCAAGGUAGAUUAUUGAAGCACAAUCUUGAUGCAGAAGUAGUGGAUGCUCUGAAGGACCUGAGGCAAAAACUAUCUGAAAAUGAGUUGAAGUAAAAUAUCAGAACAAGCUUUGGAAAGACCCUGCUCGAUAGCCAACAAGAUUGAUCAAAUGCGAAAGACCCUGCCCCAAAAAUUGACAAGUAUCCCUUUUUGAGGCCAUCACUGACCAUUUGUUAUUUGCCUAUUUUAUAGUUACAGUUACUUUCGUUUGUACAAGCGAAGAGAAGCUGAAGUAUAAAACAUUUUUUUUAAAAUUAUAUUUUUCUAUGUUUAUAAGUGUAAUAUGUAUUAGUUUAAAACUUUAAAUUGUAUUUUUUAAUUAGCAAUAAAUAAAGACGUGACUCGUGAUUGGAUUUU